CUACCAUCCUGUCUCACACAUCCUCGAAUCCAGGUUCCCCAUCGACACACUCAAACAUAUACACAACAACAAUCCGUACACAAACACAUAUCUUCAGAUACACAGACAGACACACACUGACACAACGGGGGCGCGCUGCGUCGAAGCCAACCAACACCCCCCAGGCUCCCCAGUCUACCUCCUACCUACCCUUCCCUACCGAUCGUCGACUGUUUUCCGCUGACUGCCCAUCUCGGUCUUUCUUCCAAUCCAACCAUGUCCAGCUGCAAGCUAAUAUAACUCCUGCUGCAAUCCCGCUCUCGUCUCCAUUUUCCAAGAAUUGGGUUGCGCCCUAACCACUCCCACUUCGUACUGUGUACAUACGAGGACAUCACCUUGACAAAAAGAACAAACAGCAAUAACAACACGGGAUCCCAAGGCGCGAGACCUCGUGUCUUUGUCCUCCCGCCUUCACCUUCACCAUGGCUGCAACAACCACAUACAUACCCUUCCCCGUGUCUGCUGCGGCCACGGGGCCAAUGACUCCACGAUCACCAACCCUCUCCGACGCCUGCAUGAUCCUCCCAGAAUCAAACGGCACUCCGCUGCGCAGCAUUUCUCCGAAUCCCUACGUCGACCGUCCCCCCUCCCCUCCCACCCUCUACACCCACUCCAACCGAUCGGAGCGCACCCUCAAAUUAGCCAACCCGCCCGGCGCCCGUCGCGGUCGCUCGCCGCAAUUCAGCAUAAAGUCCCCUCCGCUCUCCUCCAAGAGCUCGCGCUCGACAAUACGAACCAUGGUCGAACGCAGUUCACGCAAGGGCAGCCCACGCGGCGAUGACAACGUUCUAGCUUCCUCGCCCACCAUCGCAGACCCGCUAACCGGCCACGCUUCUGGCGCAUUCCAACAGCAGCGCAGACUCAGCAACGCGUCCUCGGGUUCCAUACAUAGCGAGGACCUGGAGAAUCUGCGAUGGCCUGGCUUCGACAGCUCCACCAAUUUCGACGACAGCGGCGUGGUGAUGGAGGAAGACGAUGCGGACGAGGAAGAGGAAGGUGCAGACGGUGCAGCGCGUGACGAAUUCCCAAUUGACACCGACAUCGAAGACGACGACCACGAUGCGAUGGACGCAGCAGAGAAAGAGCGACGGGACGCCCAGGCCGAAGACGAAUACACCUCCGCGGCGCUGAGCCGGCGCGCAGAACUUAUCCUCGCCAACGCAAAGAAGCGCCUGAACGUGAUGGAGGGCAACCUACGCGGCGCGCGAGAAUCGCUCGUCGUGUCCCCGAGCCCGACCUUCAAUUCGAAGAAGAUGCAGACCGACUUGCAGCAACAGCUCGCGGCGGCCCGCGAGCGCGACCGCAAACUUUACGCCGGAAUGGGCCCCAUACCCCCUCGGACGAGACCGUACCACUCAUCGCCCCUAUCAGCGGGCGGCAGCCCUGGCCACGCGCGGGGACUGAGCGAGACAUCUGUGCCGAAUCCCUUCGCCUCUCCCACGUACGCCAGCAGAGCACUGUCGAACAAGCGCGCAUCGAGUGCGAUGGGAACCGCCAGUGGCCCGUGGUCUCCUGAGGGUUACGGCCAGGGACGAUUUCCCAUCCGAGAAUCGCGCAGCGUGGAGGUGAUGCGCGAGCCGAGGAGUAAUGGGUGGGACAGCCACCACGAGGAGCAGGAGCACUCCUUGCGUUCUUACGAAUCCAGGGGUUCGCGGUCGCCACCCAACGCAUUGGAGACACUGCCGGAAUACGAAGACGACGAUGCUGUUGGUGGUACUCCUGCCGGCGAUGAUGACCCAGAACUUCGCCGCUCUGCUUCGGCGGCCAGCAGUUUGCGCUCCCAGAUGCAGGACCUGAAAGGUAGAAUCUCCAGCCUGAAACAGCGUGCAAAGGAGGAUACUAUGCGUAGGCGUAGUUUGCAGAAUCUGCGGACGCCGAGCCCCUUCACGUCUGCGGAGAUCUGGUACUCGGGCGCGGACGCUUACAAGAAUGGGACUUCGCCAGUGACGGCAGAUGCUGGUGUUGGAUAUAAGUCAUCAUCUCCGAUCCGCAAGACACUGUACGAGGAGCAAGGCGAUGCGUCAACAACACCGAAGACGAAGGCACCAGCAGACACAGCAAUGGAAGUCAUCGACCCCUUAACGGAGGAAGAGGAAGAUCACCUGAUUGAGCAAAUGGAAAAGACCACUGCUGAAGACUACACUCCCGAAAAUGCCCAAAGCACUCGUGCAUCUCACCAGAAAUUGCACGCAGUAACCCAGGAUGGCUCGAAUGACGAGGAAGAGGAGGACGAGGACGAUGAGUUCGACGACGACGAGAGCGACUUCGUCUCCGUGGACGGCGGAGAAUACGACCAAGCGCCCGAGAGUGUGUACGAAGACGCAGUGUACGAGAUGCCGGUGACAGAGCGGCACGAAGACCGCGUCGACGCAUUCGACUACGAGCAUUUCUUCCUGCACAGCGCCAUGGGGACCUACAGCUCCACAAGCCGCCGAUCAAGUAGCAGCUCGGGCGACUCGACCGCCACGACGCGGCCCGUCACCGCCAUCGACACCACCAGCAACGGACCCGACGACAAAGCAGAGCGCAGGAUAUCCUUCCACUCGCGCACCGCGAGCAGCGACUCCGUGUCCACUGUCGCCAGCUUCGCCACCGCCGCCGAGGACUUCUCCGACGAGGAGUCCAACGAGCAAAUGGACCGCUUCACGCAGCUGCUCCCCGUCCAGCAGGUUACACCGCAGUAUGCCGCCGCCGCCGCCGCCUCGCACAACGGCCUCGCAUCAUCCCCACGCACCGACUCCGCCGUCACCAUGCGCAAAUCCGCAGCCGCAACCUCACCCAACGGCCAAGUCUCCCCCUCCUCGGCCGUCUCCCGCGGGUCCUCCCCUGCAGACCUCGCCACCGGCCUCCAAACCUCGAAAAUCUACUCCAUCCUCCUGGAAUCCCCGUCCUCGAAACAGCACGACCAGCCCCGCCUCGAACUCAACCAGGAGGAGAAGCAGCUCGUGUACAGCCUGGCGGCCAGCUUCCAGCAGGUCUGCACGAACAUGCAGAGCACGUCGGGCGACCAGUACGAGCGCAAGGAGUGGCGGAGGAGGCUCGACGAGGCGAGGAGGAUCCUCAAUGGUGAGGAGGAUGUCGCGGGUGAGGCGUUCUGA